UGUAUGAUCACAGUGGGGUUCAAGCUAGGGGUUAAUUCUUGAAAAUAUUCCCUACAAUGGGAAAGAAGAAUGUGGUAUUGCUCCGAUUCAUACCAGCGGGACCGAUGUUUUGAAGCAACAAGAAGGGUAAAGUAUUUAUAUGGGAAGACAAAAAAGUUCCUAAAAAAAGAGGGAAAAAGCUGCCAAUGAACUUUAUGAUGAUUGCAAUCCCAAUGGUGAUGAUGUUCUUUGGAAAAAGAAAAUUACAUUUUUUGAAUUAGAGUAUUGGGAGCAUAAUCCUCUUAGACAUAAUUUAGAUGUUAUUCACAUUGAAAAGAAUGUGUCCGAUAUAAUUUUAGGAACUCUUUUAGAUAUGGAUAAUAAUAGGGAUGAUGAGAGUGGCAGAGAAGCCCUAAAGAAUUUGAAUAUAAAACCUCAUCUAUGGAUCAACCCUCAAGGUUACAUCCCGCCAGCUGCAUACACCAUGUCUAACGACGAGAAAGAACAAUUUUUAAAAGUCUUGAAAAAGAUGAAAGUUCUUGAUGGAUAUGGAUCUAAUUUGCAAAGAUGUGUGAAUCUAAAGCAACGGAAACUUAUUAAUAUGAAAAGUCACGACCAUCAUAUUAUCAUGCAAGAUAUCCUCCCGGUUGCUUUAAGGGCGUCGAAUGCCACAAGAGUUAUUGACUUACUUGAGGAGUUGUCUGAUUUUUUAAAAAGAUAUGUUUAACUGCUAUAGAUACAAGGGAAUUAGAUACCAUUCAAUCAAAGCUCGUGUUGACUUUUUGCAAGUUUGAAAAAUAAUUUUUACCAACAUUUUUUACAAUCAUUGUUCAUCUACUAAUUCAUUUAGUGGAAGAGGUCAGACUAGGCGGACCGGUUCAUUAUAGAUGGAUGUAUCCUGUUGAAAGGUACUUGGCCUUUUUGAAAUCUCAUGUAAGCAAUAAAGCGCAACCGGAAGGAUCUAUAGCGGAAGGUUACCUUUUGUGGGAGACAAUUGCAUUUUGUUCGAGAUAUUUAGAAAGUGUUGAGACUAUGUUCAAAAGACAUAGAAGGAAUGAGGAUGGUGUAUCAAACAUUGACAACUAUUUGUAUAACUCUGGUGGUCGUGUUGUUGGAAAGAAAGAAAAUGUCCGUUUGGAUGAUAAAAGUUUAAAGCAAGCUCAUUGCUAUGUUUUACUUCAUUCUGAUGAACUAACCCCGGUGCUCAAUGAGUUCCUAAAACUAAAGUGGCAAGAGAAUGACGUUGGAGGAAGUCAAGCUGAUGAAUCUAUUGAAAAUCAGUGGAUAAGUGAUGAAUUUGCAGAUUGGUUGCAAAGCCAGGUCCAUAAUUUAGAUGAUAGCAUGAUAGAUGGAAAGUUAAGAAAAGCCUUAGCUGGUGGCUUGCGUAACCGCGGGAAAAGGAUGAAAAGUGUUAUUAUCAAUGGUUACAAAAUUGAUAUUGUGGAUCGUGAGCGAUUUCGAGUAACUCAAAAUUCAGGAAUCAUGGUGGAAGCAGAGGGUCACGAAUAUUAUGGAAAACUCAAAGAAGUUUUGAAAUUACAUUAUUAUGGUUCUUAUAAGGUUGUAUUGUUUCGUUGUGAUUGGGUCGAUAUCCGUAGGGGUAUUAAAACAAAUCCGAAUGGAAGUGUUUGUAUCAAUUUCUCAAAGUUGAUGCACACUGGCCGAUUUUUGCGUGAUGAUCCAUUUGUUUUCUCAUCUCAAGCAAAACAAGUUUUUUAUAUUAAAGAUGAGAUACAAAAAGGGUGGUGUCAUGUUGUAAAAACUAAGCCUAGUGACUUGUUUGAUAUACCUGAAUAAUUUGUUUACAACUUUUAUAAUUUAAUAUAGAUUUGAGUCCAUAAAUUUGGAUGGUUGUGUAUUUUUAUAUUUCAUUUAGUUAUUCUAAUUCAUCAAAGUUUGUAUUUUGUAACUUAAUUUCUGUUUUUGUUAACUGAAUUCUAGAACUGAAAUCAGAAUUGAAAUUCAAAUCUAAAUUCAGUUCUGGAUUUCAGUUUUGAUUUCAGCUCUGAACAUCAGAAAUGAAUUCUAGAACUGAAAUCAGAACUGAAAUUUAAAUCUGAAUUCAGUUUUGAAUUCAACUCUGAACAUCAGAACUAAAUUGCAGCUCUGAACAACAGAAUUUAAAUCAGAGGUAAAAUUUAGAAUGCUUGUGUGUGUGUGUAAGUGUGUGAAAUUCAAAGCUUUUGUGUGUGUAUUUGCAAAAUUCAUGGGCUACAGUGUUGGGUUAUUUUGUAGAUGUGUUUACCUGUUUUUCUUGUGCUUCUUGUUUUUCUUUUUCUUUUUCUUUUUCUUUCAAUAUUUUACUAAAUUCAGGGGUAUCAAAAUUCUUGUGCUUCUUGUUUUUCUUUUUCUUUUGUUAAUAUUUCUUGAUGUGUUUAUCUAUCUUCAUACAUUUUAUUUAUACUUGCUGGUGCUUUAUAUUAAACAUAUGAAUCUGCUGUUUUCUAACUUGGCAUGCAGUUUCUUUGGUUAAGUGAUGUGUGUGUAUUCACAGAUGUAUAGUUUAGAUGUACAUAUAUUUUCUUGUGUUUAUAUCAGUUUUGACAGACUAAUGUAGCUUAUCUUAUGGUUUUAUCAGAUAAAAGAUGACUUAUCGAAUCAAGAGAACAAGGGAAAUACUUGUUGCCACAGCUAAGUCGCAUGAUCCACUGUUAGCAAAGUCACCAACUACAACUACUGCACGUGAGUCAUCUGCUAUUGAAGUUGUUUCACAUCCCACCAAAAAACAAGCUAUUAUUAAGUCACCACAGACUGAGGUACUUAAAGAUGACAAAUAGGGA